AUGACCAAGCGCCGGCGAAGCCUCCGAAAGCCACACCGCGAGAUGCCAAUGCAUCAAUCGCCGAUCAAGGGCACCAAAGUAGAUGCAAAGACAGUCUGUCGAAAUGUGUCGCCAAGAUCGGAUAAAGACACCAGGGACGAGGAAAUGGCGGUUGGAACGGAGAGAGCCAAGUUCCGGAUUGUUUACGUCGACCAUGCGUAUGACUCGGUGGUUUGGGGCCAGCGUAAACUAAGAUUUGAGAGCAUGUUCGAGAUGAACAUAAGUGGAUCAGGUGCCCAUGCGAAGUCCUUGUUCAAGAAGGACAGCUUAGGCCCCAUGCCUCAGCUCGGCAUGGGUUUACGAAUUGUCCAGCCUGCCCAGAAGAUGAGACCGAUUGGGCAGGAGAUCAGGAAAGCUCUACUAGACUUGGGUGUCAUCUUCGACAAGCUUGACUCACUCGGCCAUGAUCUUUUUGGCAACGAGAUGGGUAUGGGCAAGACCAAAGUGUCUUUGUCUAUGAUCAAAUGCAGGGCUAUACAAUUAGAGAAGGAUGUCACUGCUUUGCCAGAGGACCAGAGGGACGUCUACCUUCCCACGCUGAUUAUCAAUCCGGUUUCUACCAUACCCUCAGACCAUUAG